CUUGGACUGCUCUGACGGCCCUCAGUAUGACUCUUGAAAAGCCCGAGGCUAACGACAUCGAAAAGGCUUCCAUUGACGGAAGCCGUCGAGUCUCUAUCCCGAAGGCAGCGAACCGGCGGAUUCGCCAGGCGUUCGACUGCCGCGUCCUGCCCAUCGUUUGCUGUCUGUAUGUGCUGUCGUAUCUGGACCGUGGCAACAUCGGCAAUGCCCGAACGGCGGGGGCACAAGAUGCACUCGGACUCAGCUCCUCGCAGUGGGCGUGGGUGCUCAACGCGUUCUAUAUCGCGUACAUCCUCUUUGAGUGGACGACUAUGUUCUGGAAGAUAUUCCCUGCACACAUCUACGUAGCAACACUCUGUAUUGGCUGGGGCGCAGCUGCGAUGAGUUCUGGCGCUGCUCGAAACAUGGCCGGGUUGGUCGUCUCCCGCGUUUUCCUGGGCAUCUUCGAGGCAACAUUCGGUGCCGGGGCGCCUUAUUUUCUGUCGUGCAUUUAUAAACGAGAGGAGCUCGGCUUUCGCAUGUCCAUCCUGCUGGGCAUGUCGCCGCUCGCAAACACAUUCGCCUCUAGCCUCGCCUACGGCAUCACUCACAUCCGCGGGUCUUUAGAACCAUGGAGACUCUUGUUCAUCAUAGAGGGUGCUCCGACCGUCCUCUUUGCCCCGGUCGUCUACUUUUUCCUGAUUGACUCUCCUUCCACAGCCAGGUUUCUCACCGAAGAAGAGCGGACAUUCGCUGUCGAACGUCUACAAGUUCGCGAUACCGCGUUGAGCCAGGCCGUCAACUGGAAACAGAUUAUCGCCGGCAUGUUAGACUACAAGAACUACGUCCACGCCAUCAUCCACUUUUUCUGUAACUUCUCUUUUGCGGCACUGUCGAACUUCCUCCCCACGAUUGUUGAUAGUAUGGGCUACGACUCUGUCACUGCCCAAGGCUUAACAGCGCCCGCGUACUUUGGCGCGUUCCUGCUCUGCAUCCUCGCCGCUUUUGUCUCGGACAGAUACGGGAGCCGUGGGUUCAUUGUUGCCGGGUUUGCGGCGAUGGGCGCUACCGGGUACGGCCUUCUCGCCGGUAUCCAGGACAUGGAGAAGACAGGACUGAGAUACCUUGGUGUAUGGCUUGCCGCGUGCGGGAUCUUUCCCGCGCUGGCAAUCAAUAUCACCUGGCUGCUCAACAACCAGGGCGGAGACUCGAAGAAAGGAGCCGGGCUAGCUAUAUCCCUGAUUCUUGGGCAGUGCUCGUCUCUGAUCAGCAGCACCGUGUUUCCUUCGGAGCAUGCGCCCUUUUUCACCACUGGCUGCGCCAUUGGGUGUGGCAUGAGUAGCGCGAUCGUGGUUCUCGCAUUAAUCAUGUAUUUUGCCUUGUCUCGAGAGAACAAGCGGAAGGACGAGCUGUACGGGCCUGUGGAUGCCCAUGUCGAGGUGGACGUCUCCGAGGAGGGGGACUACACCCGGAACUUCCGAUACUUUACGUAGUCUAACGUAGAUGAUAUCGGCGAGGACAUGAUGUCGUCGAGACUGACCUCCAAACUGCAAACAUAUCAUAAUUAUUAACCUG